AUGGGAACUUGUCAAGGAACCAAAAAAUCUCAAUAAGCAAAACCCGAUCUUGAAAUCCAAAUCCCCAACAACGAUCAUCUUGACAAUACCAAGAAAUCCCAGAUCUAGCAAUCCAAAAGUGCUGGUUUAGAGAAAAAGACUCCCGUAACUUCAUAAAGACAAUCUUUAAAAAGUCAACCUUUUCAAUUCAACAGUGCAUCUAGCGAUUAAGCUUUCAAAAGUAGAUUUUCAACCCCCAUGGUUGAUCUAAAAAAUCUUGAAUAAGAUCAGGUAAGAUCAUCUAAACAUAAAACAACAUUUAAAAUGAAUGCAACUGUAAAGAAAGCUGCUUUCUCCAAGUUUUAUUCUGUUCAAUAAAGCAAGAAAAAUAGUUUCUCUAAAAUACCUGGAGGGAGUAUAGUAGUUCAACAUAAUAUGACAGGAAAAUUGCACUAUGCCGAUAUUUUGGAGAACACAUAAGCUACCAAAUUCUAUGUUGAUGAAUUAUUGAGAUGUCAAUUGCAACAUCCAAAUAUCACGAAUGUUAUAGAAAUUUUGGAGGACAAAUCUUAAUAUAUAGUUAUCAAAGAAUGUGCAUAGGGAGUUCCAGUUUCAUAUUUUGAGCCUCCUGAGAAAUAAGCUUCCAUUUUAAAAUAAAUCAUAGAGAUAGUUUGUUACUUGCAUAGUAAAAAUUUAAUACAUGGAGCAUUAUGGCUGGGAGCUUUCGAAAGAAAUAAUGAUUUAGUUAAAUUGGUUGAUAUCUAGAGUAUUUUCAUAAGACAUGAUCCAACGAACCAUGACGCUGAAUAUAUGGCUCCAGAAUGCACUUUGGAUUCCUCUAUUUACACUAAAGAAAGAGACAUCUGGGCUGUGGGAAUGAUAGCGCAUAAUCUCAUGUGUGGUAGAUAUUUUAAAGUGUCAAAUGCUGUGGAUAUCUUGAAAGAGAUCGAAUAGAUCAGAAUCAAAAAGCAUAUACAUCUUGAGAAUUCCUCGAUUAAAGAGUUGUUGGAAAAGUUCUUACACAUUUCUCCUGAGAAAAGAAUCACUCUCUAAGAAGCAUUAAAAGAUUAAUAUCUACCUAAGACUAAUGAGAUGGAGGAAUUUGAUCAAAUUUUGGAGAGAAAUAAAAAAUUAAAAAAAAUAAGUGUUCUACAACAAUGUUUAUUGUUGUUAUUUAUAAAUUAAUUUGCAGAAGAAUAGAAGGCCAAAUUUUAGAAAGUCUUUUAGAACCUCGAUGUAGAUUAUGAUGGCAAAAUUUCAAAGAAUGAAUGUUUAGCCUUGCAUCCUGAUAAAGGAGAGCAAAUUAAUUCUCUUUUUAAUUUGCUCUCAUUAAAGGAUAAAAUGGAUUUUUAGGAGUUCUUAGUUAUUUCAGUUGACAGGUCUUAGUUGCUAACUUCUCAAAACAUUGAAAUCAUAUUCAAUCUGUACGCAACAGUCAAAAAAUAUCUUCUUUUACAAACCUUAGUCAAUAUAUACAAAUCACGAGAAAAUGAAUUGCAAGAAGCCUUUAAUGAAUACGAUCAUGCUCAUUUAAAUUUUAAAAAUUUCGAAACUCUAUUGACAGAUUUGUUGUGA